AUGCAAAUAUACUCUUUAGAUGCGUAUACGCAAAGGCUUAACCUUUUAGUAUAUAAUAAUACUUUAACCCUUAUGCCUUUCUCUUAUAUGGUUUAUAUAACAGCUAGAGAGACACCCCUAAAUAUCCCUGCUGCUAUUACCUUUACUACUACCUCUGCUACUACCUCUGCUACUACCUCUACUACUACCUCUGCUACUACCUCUACUGCUACCUCUGCUGCUAUUGCCUCUGCUGCUGCCUCUGCUAGUGCUGCUAGUGCUAGUGCUAGUGCUGCUAGUGCUAAUGCUGCUGCUGCUGCAGUUAUCGCUUUAGCCCUAAGCUUAUACUAUAAGAAUAUACUAUAG